AUGGCUACAUUAGAUUUCUUACCGGCCACUACAUAUGCCCCACCGCCUCCCGUGCAGGCACGGAGAGGGCAGAGGCAGAAGUCACUUAAUACUAUAAUGGAAGAUGAAGACGAGUCACAACGAGGCUCAAUGAUAAUGGAUAGACGACGAAGUCGGGAUAGAUCUCCAAAGAAGGCAGACUGGCUUUCCCCUCUCAGCGAUCAUUUUCCAACACCACGCGGCAACCACUUCAUGUCGGCACCUAUUCCACCCUCGACCUCCUCCUCAGAUACCGAAAGCAUCCCCUCUCCAACACCUUCAUCAGCACCAUGGACCAGAGCGAGCUUUACGACGGAGGCUACUGAGUUUGACGAUCUUUACGACGUAUCAUCCGACGAAGAUACAAGAAGGAAACCUUCCUUGCGGAGGAGAAGUUCUACCACAGGGCAAAUCAACCGGCCCAAGCGCUCUUCUGUCGAUUCCAUCUACAGCAGAACCUCCCGGGACUCGCUCCCACCUCUUGCCAUCCCUUCGAGGGGUGAUCCAUGGCCUGGUGUUGAAGCUUUCAAGCUUCUAACAUCUCCUGUAGCCCCAACCCCUCCACCAAAAGUACCAAUGUCCCCCGCUCUAUUCUCAUAUUUACAAUCCCAAGAAGUCCCUUCUUGUUCUGCUCCACCAUCUUUAGAUGGUAGCCUCAGCUCUGAACAGUUGGCAGCCAUGUCUGUUCCGCCAACACCCGAGAUUGGAAGCGUCAAUGGGGAUGACGAUGAUCUAUGGGGCGGUGGAGUUCAACUACAACCAGCUGCGAUGGCAACUUUACAGGCGCUCUCUGGUGGUGACAAUAACUUCGAGCACCAUCAGGAGCAAGUCAUUGAAUUGCCAGAGGAGCCCCGUGAAGUCUCCCAGAUACAGGAGAUGCAACAAAGCCUUCCUCCACUCAUUACAAGCAUUCGCCGAAACAAUUCAGUUGUCCUCUCGCCGGACCAACAACAAUCCCUCAACAGCCUAACCCGACUCGAUAUCCCUUCUCCCGGUGGCUUUUUUUCCACCUUAUCAUACAGUGCAAGACACACCUGGCAUCUCGUGCCAUGCACUCCUGAGGACGAUGUACCACCCUCUUCAACCACCGCAGAGCAUUUCUACAAGACCCCAUGGUCUUCAGCUCCCGUCGAGCGAAUUUUGGAAGUUUCGGAGUCAGAGACUAUGUCGGAAGGCCUUCCCACCGCACGACCUAUCUUGCCCCAGCAGAAAUCCGAUGAGACAAUUGUACCAAUUACAGCACCGAGUCCCAUUGAGGAAGAUGAGAUCGUAGCAGAUGAGAUCAUCACAGAUUAUACCACUGGGAAAACUCUCGAUCUUGAAAUCAUCGCUAUUGACAAUGUUGAUCGAACCGGCAUGUGGCUCGCAGCCCAAAGCUCAUACCUCGCCGAACUCAUCAACCCUACCGAGGCCCGCGAUGACGAGGCUGCCCUACUUCAGCGCGCUGCAAGCACAAAGAGCCAAAGAGACGUUGUCGAAACCGCUGAGGCUCCAUCACCGCCCCGCAAGACAGUCCGAUUCUCCGAGAUAGUCUUGACCUCAGCCGUGCUUGGAUGCCCUCUUCCCAAGGCUGGCCAACAGGAGUCCGCGUAUUACCGUGCUUUCCAGACUUUCAUUGCCCGAUCUCGUUACCGUGAUACCUUUGUUCACCGCAUUCCCAGAUUCGAGGCUCUGCAAACACAACGCGUGGUAUUCCCAGCAGCUCAUCGCGCACAGCUGCUUGGGAAGUAUCAACUCAGCGUUGUCCCCAUGAGUGCUAAGCGUCGCAUGUCUGCUAACGUGGCGCGCGGUGACGAGAUCACUGCGGAAGAUCCCGAGAAGCUGAAGCAUGACAGAGAGCACGAGGCCUUCACACAAAUGGCACCAGCCACGUGGAAUGUGAUGGCUAUCAAGCUUCUCAAUGGAGGCCGCUUGAUUGCCGCACCGGUUGCUAAGCGCCUUGCCAGGCUCUCGUCCAUGGGCCCCAAGAUGAAUGGAACACCCAGAGAUCGUGCCAGAAUUUUAGACCUUGGAGGUCAAGCUACCUGCGACUGGGCAUGGUAUUGCGCUACCGAGUACCCCAACACCAAGGUGUACACUGUUACCACGAAGGCUUUGCGCCAGCUCUCCAACUCCAACAUCCGCGGUCCCAAGAAUCACCGCCAAAUUGCAGUCGAUCGCUUGGUCAAGCUGCCCUUCAAGGACAACCAAUUCGAUCUCAUCUCCGCCCGGGAGAUCUACAGUAUCUUGAAGCAGAGUGCCGAGAACGGACAGGAUGAAUGGGAUACUUGCCUGAAGGAAUGCAUGCGCGUUCUCAAGCCUGGUGGAUACCUCGAAUUUUCCAUCAUGGAUUCUGAUAUCGUGAAUGCCGGGCCGCAAGGCUUGGCCAAGAGUGUCGAGUUUGGUUUCAAUCUUAGUACUUUGGGAUAUGACCCUCAACCUACAAAACUCUGGCUCGGCAGACUCAAACGCGCGGGUUUUGUUAAUAUUAAGCGCGCAUGGACAUUCCUGCCCAUGGGUGCUAAGAUCGAAAAUAAAGUCGUGAACAGAGAUAGCAUGGGCGUCGAGGUCAAGCUGGAGCUCGAGGCUAUGGUGACAGGCAGCACCGAGAACGCUGCUAGCGUGUGUGGCAUUGUUGGUGGGUGGGCUUGGGAGAAGUGGUUGCUGAGAUGCAAGUUGCAAACCGUUGGCAACGAGGGGAAAUUAGAUGGGGUUCAGGAUAUCAUUGAGGAAGGAAGAGCUUGCGGUGCCGGAUGGAGAACAAUUAGUGGCUGGGCUAGAAAGCCGCUCAACUGA